AUGCAAUACAGUCUCUUCUUCCUCGUUUGGACAGCCCUGUCAACUUUGUCGACCGCUCUAUCAGCACCGAACCAGGGUGAAACACGCUUCUCAGUAGACCCGACCACUGCUGAUAAAAGAGGAAGAUCCUGUGAUUGCUACAGUGUCUCAGGCUCCGAUCCUGGACACUUUCAGCAUCAUAAAUUCUGGGAUUUUCGACAGGUUCCACUCAAUGCUCUAGCCGUCAAAGACUUCCAGUUCCAACCCGUUACGCAAGCAGAUGCAAGUGCUAUACACCAGAACAAAGACUUCAAUGCUGCACCUAUACUGCUCAAAGAUACACCAUUCGCGGCCGAUUGGCUGAUCCAAGACUGGCAACGCAGUGGAUCUCUCCUCUUCCCUAUUCCCAUUGCAAACUCGAACAAGAAUGCCUUCCUGACGAGGUCCCUGGCUGGCGGCACCAGCUUCCUUGCUAUGCGAACCAAGAGAUUCGAAAAGUACUCCUCAACUGCAGAGAUUGAGACGGGUAUUCAAAACUUCAUGCACGUUUCUUUCCGUGUUCGACUUCGCAUUCUUGGCAACGACGAGCCGAUUCUCUCUCCGCCACUGCUCGAAAACAAUGCCUUUGGCAAGAGGAACGAUGAAAUGACGGACAUGCGUAUUCAAGAAGACCCUCUCGCUCAACGCAUUGCAGCGCGAUUGCCGCCUUCAACCGGUGCCUGCGUUGGUAUAUUCACCUUCUUCUCCCGAACAAGCGAGUCAGACAUUGAAAUUCUGACUUCAGACCCUCCUAACCGCGCGCAUUACGCCAAUCAGCCCGACUACGAUCCGAUUCGCAACGUCGUGAUACCUGGAUCUCAAGUAGCCGUCGAUUCUCACGUCCCAUGGACAACAUGGUCGACUUAUCGUCUCGACUGGUUUCCGGGCAUGUCUCGCUGGUACGUUGAGAAUCAACUUCAGGCUAGCCUGGCAUAUGGCAUUCCUGUCGAUCCAAGCAGAUUGAUAGUCAACAUCUGGAGUGAUGGUGGUUUAUGGUCUGGCAAUCUGACAGUGGGGAACAGUGUACAUUUGGGUAUUGAAUGGAUUGAGAUCGCCUACAACUUGACAGGCGAGGCUCCACAACCUUGCAAUACAGUCUGCCGUAUUGAUAACGUCGCCCAUCCCGGUGUACCGGAGAUGUGA